AUGUUUGGAAGCAAUUCUAGUCGAGGUAGUUCUGUCAGCAAUACCCCUAAAAACUCAAGAGUAAAUUCAUUAUAUAAAGGUGGUUCACCUAUUUCUACUAAAAGAAGAGUUUUGACAGAAACUAGAAAUGGAAUUAGUAAAACUCCCAGUUGUACAGAACGAAGAAAGCAGUAUUCACAAGAUCUCCAGAAACGUAUUAUUCGAUCUGUGGUUGUUAAAAAAACAGAUAAAGAAAAUGAACAUAGAGAAGUGCAUGAAAUUGAUAAUCUUUGUAAUAAAUUAAAUCUUAUAGAAAAAUCUCAUCGUACAGCAACAGAGGAACUUCAGGCUACAGCUGAAGAGUUACAUGAUUUAAAAGAAAUUAUUGGAAUAUAUGAAAAAGAGUUAAUUGAUCUACAAAAUGAAAAUGAAAGAUUACGGCAUGAAGUUAGUGAGAAAGAGGGUAAUGAAAUGUUAGAUGAAUCACAAUAUAAUGAUGAAAAUUUAUUUUAUUAUAAAAAUAUGUACCAAGAACAGUAUGAAGAGAAUAAACGAUUAAAACAAACUAUAAGACAUUUAAAAGAUUCAUUAAAACGUGAGAAAGAGAAAAGUAAACAGUUUGGGGCUGAUAUGCUUGUAGUUAUUAAAGCAGCUGAUCGUAUGCGUGAAGAAGCUGAGGCAGAAUUAGCAAAAGUUCUUAAUAGAAAAUUAUCAUUUAAUGAUAAAAGAAGAAAAAGUGAAAUUGAGGAGUCUCGUGAUUUUAUUGUUGCUUCUCAUUUAGCUAAAAUAGAUGCUUUUAACCGUGAUUCUGUUUCUUCAUCUAUCUCAGAUUGUGUAUUUGAUGAAAUUUUACCUGAUGGAAAAAGUCUUUCUUUACAACAAAGUUCUGAAAAACUUAGAAAACCAAGAUCAAGUUUUACUCCACAUAAGGUUGCAGGUGUUAUUGUUACCAAUCCAGCAGAAGAAAGUAUGUGGAAUGAUUUGUUAAAAAAUAAAAAAUUAAUGAGUAGAAGGAAUGCUCUUCUUGCAUGUUGUCAUGAAUUACUAUCUGAUUAUGUAAAAAUUGAAGAUUUAACAAAUUUUUCAUCUUGUUGGAGUAGCGGAAAAGCUUUUGCCUACCUUCUCCUUGUUCUUGUUGAUGAUGGAAGCAAACUUACCUAUACUAUUAAUGAUAUUAAAUUUAAAUUAGUUGAUAAUCUUAUUGGUGAAGUAUUAAAAUCAUGUAAAAAACUUGGAAUGAAUGAUGAUAUGCUUGAGAAGGAGGAAGAAUUAUCAAAAGAUUUUCCAGAAUGGAAGAAAGUUAUGCGUUUUGUCGUGAAUAUUAUAGUUUUUCUUAAAUACUCUCAUAAUAACUAA